GACCACAGAAUGUCAACACUGUGCAUUGGAAGUUCCCAUGUGCGGAGAUUUGCUGCAUAUUUGGGCAACCACGGCUCUUCAGCUGAAUUAUUUAACAUUACCGGACUUGCUGAUGUGAAUUUUUACGGAAUCAGUGGUGGGACUGUAACUAAUCCACGUCACUUGGAGCUGUUUCUGGAAGCCGUCCAACGCCACCUGCCGACCUUCCUGAUCGUUCAUUUAGGAGGGAAUGACUUGGACACUACAGAGGACAAUUCUGAAUUGGUUGUAUUAAAACUAAUAGCUUUCCUUAAAGCUAUCCUAAACCGAUUUCACAUUCAGAAAGUUACUGUAAUGAAACUCCUGCCAAGGGAAAGAACCAGGCACAUCAGCCCUUCUGUGUAUAAUAGCCGUGUCUUAAAUGCUAACAGAAUUCUAAAGGAACAGUGUUCCACAAGCAAGUUAAUCUACUGGCGCUUGCGUGGGUUUACAAACAGUGUUUCUGACAUUUAUUUGGAUGGCGUGCACAUGAAUACUAUGGGUAUGCGGAAGUAUUUCCGCCAAGUGAGAGGGAUUCUGUUGUCCCAGCAGAUUUAUGUUUCUACGCUAUCAUCAACUGUGUAAACUUUUACACUGGGUUUGCUUGAACUUUGCAGUCCCUAAGGAUGGCUUCGAGACCAAAGAGGAGAAGAGCUUCAAACCCUGCUCAACCUGCGUUAUCAUCUCCCACCCCCCUGACUAUGCCCACACCAGCAUCCUUACAGACCUCUUCUUCACACACACCUUCAUCAUCACAACUUGACCAACUGGUGGAAACUUGCAUGGCAGCCAUCUUGCCCAAGCUAAAACAAACCAUCACAUCUAUCGUCAAAGACGCUACAAGUACAAACCCUGGGCCAUCCCAGCCAAUUGAGACGCAACCACCUCCGUCACCUGAACCACAGCCAUCUCAGUCACCAGAACCACAAUUACUUCAGCCACAAUCAGCGACACUACAGCUCAUUACUGGAGAUACCCCAGCUGCAGAUUCAACGAUUCAAAGCCAGUUUCCCAGAGAUGGACGAGAAAAGUACUUCAGUUCCAGAAUCAUCUCUUCAUCUCUGAAAAGUACAGCAGAUUUCCUUAUCAGCAAUUCCUUGUUCCAAGAUUCGCUAAAUUCAUACAGGAACAUAAUUUCCCAACACAGAGAUUUCAUUAAAAUGCAUAUUCAUCCAAACCAGGAUCCACUUCCACCAUCACUGGACCAUUUACUAUUAUAUAUCGCAUAUUGCUACCGCCAAAACCUUGCAGCCAGUACCACCAAAACCCACAUUUCUGCGUUUAGUUUUACGUUUAAAAUUGGUAACUAUCAGGAUUUAACUCAACAUUUUCUUGUCAAGAAACAACUACUAGGCUUCAGUAAACUCAACCCUUCUUCCGACACAAGGCUGCCAAUCACACGUCCAAUUUUAACAAAAUUAAUUCAUGUUCUACCUCUUAUAACCAACUCUGCCUUUAUCAGAAUAAUGCUGCAUGCAAUGUUUCUUUUGGCAUUUUACGCAUUCCUUCGAAUCGGUGAAUUGACAAAGACUGGCAGUGUGAAACAACACUAUAUUCUUGCACGACAUGUGAAAUUUAUUACAAAUAAUCAGUCUGAAAAUUGCAUUGAACUGACAAUACCACACUGCAAACAUUCCAAUAAAUCAACUAUUUUACAAAUUCCACAAAACAUCAAUAAACAGUUAUGCCCUUAUCAAGCCUGCAAAAAUUUCUUAUCUGUGCGUUCUCACCAUUCCCAAGACGAACCUUUAUUUUCAUUCAUGGAUGCCACAUCAGUGUCUCGGAAAUUUUUUACAGACCACAUGCAAUUAGCUUUGUCCGCUUUUGGAAUCCCAAAAAACCUAUACCAGGCUCACAGCUUCCGCAUUGGGGCAGCUACUACAGCAGCAGAGUCGGGUUGGUCGGAUAUUCAAAUCCAAUAUAUGGGACGCUGGAAAUCUACAGCAUUCAGGAAAUACAUUCGAAUUCCGGUUCUUAAACUAUAACGCGAUACACAUGUACUUUCAAGUUUGUGUUGACUUCCUUCUUUGUGGUUCCAUGAAGUCAGGAGCUUCUGGUCCAUAUGCUAUCUGUAUAUAUUGCACACAAUCAAUAUUUGGAUCAUGAAGUCAGGAGCUUCCGAUCCACUUCCUAUCUGUAUAUUGCACACAAAUCAAUAUUUGUAUCAUGAAGUCAGGAGCUUCUGAUCCACUUCCUAUAUGUAUGUAUAUUGCACACAAAUCAAUAUUUGGAUCAUGAAGUCAGGAGCUUCUGUUCCUUCUAAAUCAGCUAUAUUAUACUACAGCUUUAUCAAUAACAUUGUACAAUUUGUACCUCUAUCUUUAUUGUCAAGUCAGUUAUCAUAUUUGGUCUCAUUUUUACUUAUCGAUGGGGCAGAUCAAAACAGCAAGCAGUUAUGAUCGGUGGCGGAUGUGCCCCAUCUUUUCAAUCAUAUUCAGUAUAUUAUGUAAGAUUUGUAUGUACAUCACAUUUUUUAUAAGUAUUGCAUAAUCAUUUGUGAUAUAUGUUUAGUAUGUUUUGCUUUGUAUUAUUUGAUGUCUACUUAAACAUAUGACUUGUUUGGUUAUUUGUCAUAUUAUGUUUUGCUUUGUCUUAUUUGUAUGUACAUAUACAUAUGUCUUGUUUGAUUAUUCUGUCAUUUAUUUUAGUAAAUAAAUGACCUCUUCUAUUCCUCUACUGAAUGUUAUGUCUUGUCUAUAAUAUGGAGGUGAAGUUAUUCGGGUACCCAUAAAACAGGUUUAUGAUCAUAAAACAUUUAUGGGUACUGAUUUUUAAUAUUUUGUAUUUGGCUCCCUUUCUUUAAAUAGAAUGAUUGUAUGUGUACCCUGCGCAUGCGCAGUUUUUCUAGCGUCAGUCGCCAUUUUUAUAAAGUCACGGAGAAAUUAACCAAAGAAAUAAGUAACCACCGCCCUCCCC